AUGGGUCUUCUGUGUGUACUUCCUUCUGUUCACGGGGCCCUUGGAACUGCCUUGGAAUGGCCCGAGGCCAAGAAGAAGGCCGACCAGGUUCGCCAGUGGGGCAUUGAGCAACUACUGGCAAAUUGGCGACGAGCCAGAGGCAAGGAAAGAGAUGCUCUGCUCUGGGGUGAUGAGGUCGAAUAUCUUGUGGUAGCGUUCGAUGACACAGCCAAGAAAUCACGGUUAUCUCUGGCCCAAGCCGAUAUUCUCAAGUCCCUUGCGCGGGACGAGGCCCUGUGGAAGUCGGGAGGCAGCAAGAAUGCGAGGAGAGAGGAACCUCCGCACUUCCACCCCGAGUUCGGGCGUUUUAUGCUCGAGGCCACACCGGGGAGCCCGUGGGGUAUUGGUUUUAAAGAUCUAUUGAAGGUGGAGUCCAACAUGAAGUGGAGACGAGAAAUUGCCAAGGCACAUAUGGCGCCGAAUGAGUCUCCCUUGACCCUAACCACAUUCCCGCGGUUGGGAACAAAGGAUGAUUAUAUUCAGCCAUACUACCCUCCUUCGGGACCAGCGCUUCGUUCGCAGUUCGUACCUGAUGAGAUUGCCAAUCCUCAUAUUCGAUUCCCGACAUUGGCAGCGAACAUCCGGUCUCGGAGAGGUCGCAAGGUGGAGUUGAAUGUGCCCGUGUUUAAGGAUGUGAAUACUCCCUCGCCAUUCAAGGAUCCUUCUGUGAACUACGACCUUCACAUAUGGCCCGAGGAUGACGAUGUUCGCAACGGUGCGGCUAAGGACGAUCACGUUUAUAUGGAUGCCAUGGCCUUUGGCAUGGGCAGUUGUUGCUUGCAGAUUACUUUCCAGGCAAAGAAUAUGACCGAAGGCAGGAAGCUUUAUGACCAAUUGAGUCCUCUGGGGCCGGUUCUUUUGGCUCUCACUGCCGCCACGCCAAUCUACAAGGGAUUUCUUGUGGAUACCGACGUGCGAUGGAAUCAGAUCAGCAGAGCUCCCCUUAAAAAUGAUCGGUGGAGGAUUCCCAAGUCUCGGUAUGCUUCAAACUCGACUUAUAUCUCUCAAGAUCCUCGGCUGCGGAAGGAGUAUCUUGAUCCGGAUCUGGUUGUCGAUGAGGAUAUUAAGAAACGAUUAAUUGAGGGUGGCAUGGACGACGUACUUGCCACACACUUCGCACACCUCUUCAUCCGCGACCCGCUAGUCAUCUUCUCUGAAGACUUGGAAGAACUCGACCUCGAGAAAGGAGAUCAUUUCGAGAACCUCCAGUCCACCAAUUGGCAGCAUAUGCGGUUCAAGCCCCCGCCUUCUGGGAGCGACAUUGGCUGGCGUGUCGAAUUCCGGCCCAUGGAGAUCCAAAUCACAGACUUUGAAAAUGCCGCGUUCAGCAUCUUCAUUGUGCUCAUCACCCGCGCAAUUCUCAGCUUCGACCUCAACUUCUACAUCCCUAUUCCCCUGACCACCGAGAACAUGGAGACGGCCCAUGCUCGCAACGCAGUUCUUGACAAGAAGUUCUACUUCCGUAAGGAUCCGUUCCCACGACGAGUGCCCAAGACUCCUCAGCAAUCAGCCAACGGCAGUACCUUCUCGUCAAACACCUCUUCGGCCGUCAACACCCCGCCACCUUCUCCUCCCCUUGGCCCUGUCGAGACCGAGUACGAACUGAUGAGCAUCUCGGAUAUUAUCAAUGGCUGUCCUGACGGCUUAUUCCCGGGCCUUGUUCCACUUGUGGAGUCGUACCUUGACAGCGUCAACGUGGACGUCGAGACACGAUGCUUCCUCGCCAGCUACCUCGACCUCAUCCGAAAGCGCGCCGAUGGCACUCUCUGGACCGGCGCGCGCUGGAUCCGCGAAUUUGUUGCCAAACACCCUAGCUACAAGCAUGAUAGCGUGGUUUCCGAGGAGAUUACCUACGACCUCGUCAAAGCCGUUGAAGAGAUGACCGCCAAAGAAGGUCGUAAUGGCAGUGUCGGGUGGGAGCUCCUACGGGGCAAAAAGAACUAG